CGUUCCGGGUGAACCUCGCCAUCUCCGGACCGAAAUCCAUCUGUUCAUCGUUCUUCUCUCUUUCCGCGAAGAAAAUCAAGCAAUAAAGAUGUUGGAGAAGAUCGGUUUGCCUCCGAAGCCGUCGCUCAGAGGCAACAAUUGGGUCGUCGACGCCUCCCAUUGCCAAGGUUGUUCCUCCCAAUUCACCUUCAUCAAUCGCAAGCAUCAUUGUCGAAGGUGUGGUGGCCUGUUUUGCAAUAGCUGUACCAAUCAAAGGAUGUCAUUGCGUGGUCAAGGCGAUUCCCCAGUAAGGAUUUGUGAUCCCUGCAAAAAGUUAGAGGAAGCUGCACGGUUUGAAAUGAGACAUGGACACAAAAGAGCUGGAAAAGGCAGUUCAAGACAUACACCUAAUAAGGACGAUGAAGUUUUACAAUCAAUCUUAUCUGGUGACAGACUUCCUCAUGAUCAGCAACCGACCUGUAUUGCUUCAUCAUCAUCUUCUCUCAGUCAAGAUUUCUCCACUAAGGAUGUGCUGAUGAAUGAGACGGCAAUCAUCAAUACUCCUGAAGAAUUGCGCCAACAAGCUAUGGAUGAGAAGAAAAAGCACAGAACUUUAAAAGCAGAAGGAAAAUCGGAAGAAGCCUUGAGAGCCUUUAAAAGGGGGAAAGAGCUGGAGAGACAAGCUGCAGCUUUGGAGGUGCAAAUUAGGAAAAAUCGCAAAAGGUCUUCUUCGUCUUCCAGCAACAUGUCAGAUGAAUCCAAUGGACCCGUUAGUAAAAAACAGGAUGAUAUUGUUUCGGAGCUAAAAGAAAUGGGUUGGUCUGAUAUGGAUAUCUAUGAAACUGAUAAGAAACCAACAACAAUGAGUCUGGAGGGUGAAUUGUCUGUUCUUCUUCGAGAAGUAUCUCAAAAACCAAAUACAGGGAAGAGAAUCCAAGCAUCUGAUAAGUCCCAAGUUAUUGCACACAAGAAAAAGGCUCUAGAAUUCAAACGUGAAGGGAAACUUGUUGAGGCCAAAGAGGAACUAAAGAAAGCUAAAGUACUCGAAAAGCAAAUUGAGGAACAGGAAUUCCUGAUGGAUUGUGAGGAUUCCGACGAUGAUGAAAUCUCUUCACUGAUUCGUAGUUUAGGCUCUGCUGAUACACAAGAGCUUUCAAUGGGAGGAGCAAACUUUGUAGGCUCUAACAGCUUUGACUUUGACGACAUUCUUUCUGUUCAUGAUGAUCUUGGUGGGGAUCUCAAAGUGACUGAGGAUGACAUGGAAGACCCAGAAAUGGAAGCCACCUUAAAAUCACUGGGCUGGAGUGAGGAGGACAAUCCAGAUCAUGCUGAUAAUAGAGAAGCAAAACACAGCGAAGUUCAAUCUUUGAAAAGGGAAGCUCUCAUGCAGAAAAGGGCAGGUAAUACUGCAGAGGCAAUGGAGAUGUUAAAGAAGGCAAAGAUCAUUGAAAAAGAGCUUGACGGCUCUCUAAUGGUUCAGAGUGGCCUUAAAACAAAAGGCAAUGAAUCUAAAACAGUACCGAGAAACAAAUUGAUGAUCCAGAGAGAGCUUCUUGGCUUAAAGAAGAAUGCUCUUGCCCUGAGAAGGGAAGGUAGGUUGGAUGAAGCAGAAGAAGAACUUAGAAAGUGUAAGGUUCUAGAGAACCAGCUAGAAGAAUUUGAUAAUAAAACUCAGAUUGGGAACGAUGACUUCAUUGUAGACAAUGAUAGUGGUGGGGACGACGUAACAGAUCUAGACAUGCAGGAUCCAAAUUAUCUUUCGGUUCUAAAGAACUUGGGUUGGCAGGAGGAUGAAGAAGACACCCAAAAAUCCACAUCUAUGUCUCAGGUUCAAAAACCCACCGGCAAAUCUAAAAGAAGUAAAGUUGAGAUCCAGAAAGAACUUCUGAGCUUGAAAAGAAAGGCUCUUGCUUUGAGACGUCAAGGAGAAUCAGAGCAAGCAGAUGAAUUACUGGAAACUGCUAAAGAAUUAGAGGCCGAAUUAGUUGAGACCGAAUCUUCAUCUCUCAAAAGAGUAGCAUCGGAAUCUAAUGCCCAAAUAGAGCCAAAUAUUGUUGAGUCUCCCCUCAUGAAUUUGAGUUCCAAUACUCAAUUAGAUCCAAAGAGUGACACCGCGGAUGACAUGGGAUUGGGGAUCUCGAAUAAGAAUGUUCCAGAAAAUAAACCAAGCGAGAUGGUCAAUGCCGAUAAGAUUCCAUCCAACUCUCUGCAUCAAGAGAUUCUUGCACAUAAGAAGAAAGCAGUUGCCUUUAAGAGGGAAGGGAGGUUGACAGAAGCUAAGGACGAACUUCGGCAGGCAAAAGCACUGGAGAAACAUUUGGAGGAAGAAACUGUCGAUUUUUCUGGUCCCGAUGCCUCCCCAUCUUCCGAACCUACCCCUGGUGACACAAAACCUUUAUCCGGACGUGACCGUUUUAAACUGCAGCAAGAGUCUCUCAACCACAAAAGGACAGCAUUCAAGCUGCGAAGGGAAGGCCGGGCAGAAGAGGCUGAUGCUGAGUUCAAAUUAGCAAAGGCAAUCGAGGCUCAACUGGAGGAAUCUGGAACCGGGUCAUCAUCGGGUCACGGAUCCGGACCCACAGAAGGUGGGAUCCACGUUGAGGACUUUCUUGAUCCUCAGCUUUUGUCCGCCUUGGCAGCCAUUGGAAUCUCAGAUGCUUCUGUUGGAUCCCAAGGUCCCGAAAUGAUUGAGGAUGAUGGUGGGCCCCAUGGCAUUCGAGGACCAGAGUUGAAAAAGCCAGUCGCCGAUAUGGUUGACAGCGCUGCUGAAGAGAAGACAGAGUUGGAGAAGAAGAUUAAGGAAGAAAAGAUGAAGGCAUUAAACUUGAAACGUUCCGGAAAGCAUGCAGAAGCAUUGGAUGCCCUUCGCCGGGCCAAACUCUUUGAAAGGAAGUUAAAUUCCUCAAAUUCGUAACGCUGAUGCUGCAACUAAGGGCGUGUUUGGAACUUGACUUUUCAUAUGAAUUUCGGUUGGUUUAACCGGAAAAACAGCCAAAUGGGGAGUGUUUGGCUCUAGACUGUAGUGUAAGAUUCAUCCACAGUUUCAUUUUUUGUUGUAUUAUUUGGGGAGGAAAGAAAUGUUGGGCUUUUUCUUUCUCAUAGACACAAGAAUCUUGUAAAUUAAAGAGUAGAAAUCCCA